ACCCCACUCCCCCCUUAAAAAAAAAAAAAAAAAAGCUUCACUCGGGUGAAGCAUGAUGAGAAUUUGUGGAUGAUGUUUGGGUGUUCGUGACAUGUCCGGGCCGUGCACGCAGGGACUGCACACCCGAUAGACCCCCCCACCACCACUGGAUUGUGGACCCGCGCAGGCAGGAGACGAGAAGAACCGAGCCGAUUGAGGACCAGCCAGGACUUCUUCGCUCCUCUUCUCAGCCGACAGCCCAACCACCACCACCACCACCCUCACGGAUCCAAGACGUUGUUCCGCGUCCCUCCGAGCAGCGCAGCCCGCGCGGGAAGCUCGGCGGCCCUCGGCGUCCUGCGUCCUGCCGGAGACAUGAUGGUCCACUGUGCCGGCUGCGAGCGGCCCAUCUUGGACCGGUUCCUCCUCAACGUGCUGGACCGGGCCUGGCACGCCAAGUGCGUGCAGUGCUGCGAGUGCAGCUGCAAACUAACCGAGAAGUGCUUCUCCAGGGACGGCAAGCUCUAUUGCAAAAUGGACUUCUUCAGGCGCUUCGGCACCAAGUGCGCGGGCUGCCUGCAGGGCAUCUCGCCCAGCGACCUGGUCCGCAAGGCUCGCAGCAAGGUGUUCCACCUGAACUGCUUCACCUGCAUGGUGUGCCACAAGCAGCUCUCCACCGGCGAGGAGCUCUACGUCAUCGACGAGAACAAGUUCGUCUGCAAGGAGGACUACCUGAGCUCCGGGACCAUCAAGGAGGUCAGCCUCAACUCAGUGUCGUCGUGCACGGACAGGAGCUUAUCUCCGGACCUGCAGGACGCCAGCCUGCAGGACGACCUGAAGGAGACGGACAAUUGCACGUCGUCCGACAAGGAGACGAACAAUAUCGAGAACGAGGAGCAGAACUCCGGCACCAAGCGGCGGGGGCCCCGCACCACCAUCAAGGCCAAGCAGCUGGAGACGCUCAAGGCCGCCUUCGUCGCCACGCCCAAGCCCACACGCCACAUCCGGGAGCAGCUGGCCCAGGAGACCGGCCUCAAUAUGCGGGUGAUCCAGGUUUGGUUCCAGAACAGAAGGUCCAAGGAGCGACGGAUGAAGCAGCUGAGCGCUUUGGGGGCCCGCAGACACGCCUUCUUCAGGGGGCCGCGGAGGAUGAGGCCCCUGGGAGGCAGGCUGGAGGACCCGGACAUCCUGGGGCCGGCGGCGUAUGGCUACUAUGGAGAGUACCAAGGGGACUACUACGGACCAGCAAGCAACUACGACUUCUUCCCCCACGGGCCCCCGUCCUCGCAGGCCCAGUCCCCGGCCGAGUCCCCCUACAUCCUGGGCAGCGGCGCCAUGGAGGGCUCGGGCCACCUCCCCUCAGACGACCAAAGGUUCACGGACAUGAUCUCCCACGCCGAGACGCCCAGUCCCGAGCCGGGCUCACUGCAGCCCGUACCGGGGGAGGCGUACGGGGGCGGGCCCAGUCCCCCUUUCUCCUUGGCCAGUAACUCCAGCUACAGCGCCCCCAUGUCCCACCAAGGCCCCGAGAUGGGGGAGGCGGCGGCCUGGUGAAGCUACUUUCCGACAUGAAGGACUACUUCUCACCGCUGGACUGGUGACGGUGUACAAUGCGUAGACGUGUAGACACGCCCUCCCCGCCCCUCCCCCACAUGCUUUCUUGGAAUACUGGACUUGAAUUAUUUAAGAAAAAAAAACAACCUAAAAAAAAAAGAUUGAUUGAUUUCAUCCUCCGCAUUUCAACUAAACAUCCACAAUCACAUCACCGUGGACACCAAAGGGUCGUCUUCUUCGUUUUAUGGCCAAGUGAAGGGAAUAUUCCCCAAUAUUCUCAUUCACAUCAAAGGUGGACCUCACGCCCCGCCCCUCCCUCUCCUUGGCCCGCUCCCUGUGGCACACGCCACGCACGCAACAUGAUGAUCACAUGCUCAAACAAUACACCUUCAUUCUCACACACACACACACACAUAGAGGCAGGCAGGCAGGCGUGCGGCCCCUAUAGUUGUGCUCGUGCACGACCUUCCCUUUGUGAGGGUUCCUUUUUAAAAAGACAUGUUUUAAUGGAAAUGAUUUUCAAAAGCACAUUGAAGCCAUAAUAGAGAAUCUCCUUCAGCAGCUGAGGUCUCCCGCCUCUUAAAGGGACCAAACAAAAGAGGGGCCACGCAACAUCUGUGGAGGGCCACCGACUCCUCCCCCACCCACCCCCCACCCCUUUUCAUUUGGCGCAGCCAGGCCUUCAUCGCCGCCUAGCGACGCAAGUCUUAUUUUACUUUACGCAACGCAAAUCGUCCUCUUAUGCCGUCACCGCCGGCUAGCACGCCAUUUCCGCCGAAAGAAUGUGGCUUUUCUUUGCUCAUGGACUCCAGAAAUAUUCUUGGAUGUAAGAGUGAGAGGAUGGAUGAGAGAGUGUGUGUGUGUGUGUGUGUGUGUGUGUGUGCGUGCGUGUGCAAGUGAAAGUGAGGGGUUGUAUUAUUUGUAUGUAAAUAGCACUGCUAAUAAAACUCUCUCUUACAACUUCAAGCAUCACAUUUUUAUGUAUUAGCAACAUUUCAGUGGAAGAAACUAAACGCAGUGACGGGUAGACGAGACGCCACAUUUACUUUCAUUCUUCAAUAUUAGUCUGACUUCAUUUUUUGAUUCGAUUAAUUGGUAAAUCAAUACAGUUCAUGAGUAUUUCUAGAUUAUUAAGACUAUUUGGAGGCACCUUUUAUUUAUUUAUUUAUUUUAAUUACACCUAAAUGUGUAAUCAUUCAUUUCAAUACAAUAUUAUCACAUAGAAUUUGAAUGAAAUUAUUUGUCGAAUUAAAUAUUUAUGAAUAUUUUUUACUUUAUGAAAACCAUUUUUAGGCACCGUUUUUAAACUUUUUUUGGUUUGUUUUGUACACCAAAAUAUGUAAUAAUAAAUCCAUGUCAGUACAAUAUCAUAUAGCAUUUGAGUUACAUCAUUUGUUGCAUGAACACAUUUUCUGAAUAUUUUUUCACUUUAUUAAGACCAUUUUGAGGCACCUUUUUUUUUAGAUUUUUACAUCACAAUGUGAAGUUUCAAUAUUAUGACAUAAAAUAGUAAUUAAAAAUAUGUAAUUAAUUGUUAUACAAGAUUAUUACAUCUAAUUUAAAUUAUUUCUUGAAAAAAUCUAUUCAGUGAAUAUUUGACUUGAUUAAGACCAU